AUGACAAUUCGAAAAAAGAAGGAUUUCGCGGCGACAACCGCUUCGUGGAGUUAUAAAAACUCGUUUUUUCAAUUCAAUCCCUCAACUUUGGCAUUUCAAUUUGGAAACAGUAAUAAUAAUAAUGAGAAAAAAGAUAAGAGAAGGUAAUUUUGGGUUACUGUAGAAGCUAGGAUGGUACUGUAUGUAUAAUGCAUCUGAAGAUCAAACAGUUAUUGUAUCAAAUCUUGAAGUUCUCUAAAGAAUAUGUAUACUGUAGUAGAUGUUGGGUUACUGUAGAUCAAAUUUUGCGUGGCGUGGUUACUGUGUCCUGAAAUUCCUAAAAGUACUGUAGAUUUACCUGGAUACAAAACUAGAGUACUUUAUUGAAUUUAGACGAAUACUGUAGUUCGAAGAAACAAUUACAGUAGUCUUGUUUAGUAUGAUUUUGGUCGAAAAGUACAGUACCCCGAGGAUUACUGUAGCCAUAAAAAAACCAGGAAUCCGUGGAAAAUAAUCUCCUAGGCUGAAAUUUUCAGCUGAAAGUCGUGAAAAUGUUGAUUUUCAGAACUUUUCAGCCGUUUCAUGAUAUUCAGCACAAAAUUUGCGUCUAGAAACUAUUCAAAAGGUACUGUAGAAAAUUAUGCCAAAAAUUUAGAUCACCCGGUUACUGUAGAAAAAUAAUCUCCUAGGCUGAAAUUUUGAGCUGAAAUUCGUGAAAAUCUUGAUUUUGAGCAAUUCCAUGAGUAAAAAUCACAUCUUAUCAUUUUUUUUGUCCAAAAAAAGAGCUCCAAACAUGUUCAAAGCUCUUUCUUUUGGAGCACUUUCCUUUUUGCUCAUCCAAAAAUCACAAGAAUAAUAAUCACUGUGAACAAGAAACACGCCACUUGACAAAAAUCUAAACAUAAUAAUAAUUCUCGCUCGGCGAACAUUGUUUUUCUCUGGCCAACUCUCUCAUUUUCCCUCACUCUCUCUCUCUAGCUCUCCAUCUUAUCGUAUAUCUGAGCCACAAAAUCAUUUCGUGUUUUGUUUUCGCUCCCCCAAAAAUUCCUCUUCCAUCUACAGUACUCCCACUGAUUGUGACCUAUUUCACACCGCCUACAGUAAUCUGCCUUCUGAUUACUCUACACUUUUUCUGGGCUUCUUCCACGUGUGGUACUGUAGUUUCCGCUGCCAAAAUUGUGUCGGUUGAGGAGAAGAUUGCUGCGUCGGCGGCGGCGGCGAAACGGGGGGCCGAUCAGGGCCCAAUUGGGCCCGGCCCGGCACGGAUUGUGAUUGUUCAGAAGUCUAGGUGAGCACAAUUUUCUACAGUAACCGGUUGAUCCAAAUUUUUGGAACUUUUGGCACAAUUUUCUACAGUAAUUUUUCUUUCUUUUUAGACCAAAAUUUUGUGCUGAAAAUCAUGGAUUUGCUAAAAAUUGCUGAAAAUCAAUAUUCUCACAAUUUUCAGCACAAAAUUUCAGUCUAGAAAAAUAUUUUUCCACAGUAACCGGUUGAUCCAAAUUUUUGGCACAAUAUUCUACAGUAAUCUUUGAAGCGAUUCUAGACCAAAAUUUUGUGUUAAAAAUCAUGGAAUCGCUGAAAAUGGCCGAAAAUCAAUAUUCUCACAAUUUUCAGCACAAAAUUUCGGUCUAGAAAAAUACUUUUCUACAGUAACCGGUUGAUCCAAAUUUUUUUCACAAUUUUCUACAGUAGUCUUUUACAGUAAUGCCACGUGGCUUUUGAAAUCUGAAAAUUUCAGAAUUAAUUUUCAGAAGCUGAAUUCUGAAUCUGAGCUGUAAGAAAAUCCACGUGGCACAAAAAUUGGGGAUUUUCUAAAAAAUUUAGAAAUUCAAAAAUAAAUUUCAAAUUUUUUUUUGAAAUUUCAAUAAAAAAACCACGUUUACGUGACCAAAAAAAUUCGCAUUUUGAAAAAUUCUCAAUUUUCAAACCAGUAAGUUCCAAAAUUUCCACCUAACCUCAAAAAUCCCAAUUUUUCGCAGAUCAAAUGCUUCUUCCUCUUCCGGCGCCACAAUAAUCAGCGAUUGUGCUUCAAGUGACUUAGGACAUCUCGCAGAACAGCCUGACAGGUGAGUUUUCAUCGAAAUUGGGUAGAAAAUUUGAAAUUCUCACGAAAUUUCAUCCAAGAAACACGGAAAGUUGGCCUAGUGGCUAAGCGCUUUGAUUACUGAUCUAGAGGCCGCAGGUUCAAUUCCCGGUGGCUGCAAACUUUUUUAUUUUUUCGUAGCUAGAAUUUGAUGCCUAGAGAUUCUAUAGCCUAGUGGUUAACAGCUAUGUCUACUGAUCAAAAGGUCGCGGGUUCAAUUCCCCAUGCCUGCAAACAUUUUUGUUUCUAGAAUUUGUUCCAGCCUCUUUCAAAAAAAAAACCUCAUAUCACUUUCAAAAAUGUGCUCCUCUCAAAUUUCCACCUCCCCACAAAACACUCUCUCUCAUUUCCACACACUCUCUCGCUCUCUAAGAAAAAAAGCCGGUCGGAAAAAGUGGGCGGAGCCUCGGAAAACUUUUCCGUGUGUUGCUUUACUCUCUUUUUAUCAGUGAGAAGCUGAAAAAAAAACGAAAAACGACUGAAAAUUCGGCUGAAAAUGACUAGUAUUCUUUGAAUUUUGAAGAAGUUUGCGAAAAAUGGUGGAAUAUGAGAUAAAUAAGGGUGGCGAGCCGGGAAGAAAGUGGGUUUGCGGGAAGUUUUUGGGAACGGGGAGUGGGAUUUUUGAAAUCUACGAAAAAUUUUGAUCUAGAACAAAAAAAUUGUUUGCGCACAUGGGGGAUUGAACCAGGACCUUUAGAUUGUGAGCAAUAUUGGUGUAGUGGUUAAGUGCUUCAGCUAUUGAUCUAGAGGCCAGGGUUCGAGUCCUCGUAGUGUCUGAGAUUUUUUUUGAUUCAAAAGUGCCAAGAACGCGCAUGGGGGAUUGAUCCAGGACCUUUAGAUCGGAAUCAAAUCUGGUGUAGUGGUUAAGCCUGCUGUCUGCCAAUCUAGAGACGCGGGUUCGAUUCCUGGUGCUGCCAAAUUAAUUUUUUUUCUCAAAAAAAAACUUUUCCUGAUCAAAAUUUCACGCUGAUUCCGAAUUUCAUGGUCCCCAGUCUUCAUUUUUUUCAAAAAUGCGAUUUUUUUCAAUGAUCAUUAAAACAAUAUUUGCCUACGUCAUAACGAUAAUGAUAAUUUAUCUCUUUUCUCUUUUUUUGCCCUCAAGUGGUCAGCGCAAGACAAUAGAAUAGAAUCUAGUUUGAUCUACCCACACAAAAAUUUUCCAAACUUCCCAGAAAAAUUUCUAGAUCAAAGGUCGCGAGUUCGAUUCCCCAUGGGGGCGGAAUUUUUUUUUUGAAAAAAAAACAUGUUUUUUUUGGUGGAAUUUAAUCAGCGCUUCCAUGUUAACUUUGUUAUUUUUCGAGCUUUUUUUUUGGAAAAAAUGGAAAAUAACAAGAAAAAACACCAAGGGGGAGUGUUUGUUUUGAAACAAGAAGAACAAAACGAAAAAAAACGCGCCAAACAUAGGAAUAAUACACCGUGUGUGCAAAAUUGUUCUUUUGAAAUUGAGACACUCAUUUUUUCGACAUUUUUCGACAUUCACAGCUUCUAGAUUGACAUUUUAUUGAUUUUUUGCGGGAAAAUUUGAGGAAUGAUGCGAAAUUAUGCAACUUUUGAUACAAAAUGAGAAAAGGUUGGUGGUUUUUGAGACUGGGCUUAGAUUUGGGCCUGUGUUGGAGCCUCAAAGCCUAAUUUGGGCUCAAAUUCAGGCUUUAAUUUUUGUCUAAAACUCAAGUCUAAUUUCAGGCUUAUCCAGGUCAUAGCAUGAGGGUUUGGGCCUGAUUUCUGGCCAGGAAUUUGGCCUGGAUUUAGCCUAAGUCAAAGCCUAGAUUUUGGCUUGAAUAUAAGCCUAUAGUCGAAAUUAGGGCCCUGAAAUUGGGCCUGAAAUUGAAGCCUGAUUGAAGGUCCAAUAAAAUAUUCCAAAAAUUAGGUUCGGAACUUUAGAGAAAAAGUUCAAGAUCCAAAUUUUCAGCAUGGUUUCUCAUGAUCUUAGCAAAAAUUCUGAAAUUUCGGAAUUGUUUUCAGGACUUCCAGAAAUUUCAAAAAAUUUUCCUAGCUCUAAAAAUUCCUCCCUAAAUUUUUGAAAUUCUGAAAAAUUGAAAUUUUUUUCAGAAUCUCAAAUUUGGAUUCGAAAUCCCAGUUCAAAACUACAAAAACAUCUCUGCGCUCUCUCAAUUUCUCAUUGUCUCUAAUCAAAAUUUCUACAAUUUCGAAGUUGUCCGAGAGAAGUACACGCAUUUCUUUCUGAAGUGUUCUCAGACCAGAACACAAUAGAAUUAGCGCAACUCUUGUAAGCUUAAAAGUUAGCCUAAAUGUUUAUUUAUUAUACAAACAAACAAAUAAUGAUUGUGUCAUAAUCCAUGCGCGAAUUGACGUGUUUGUAUCAUUUUUUUUCGCCCACAAAACCGGCUCAUUUUUUUUUUCAAAUUAUUAAUGUUUAUUAUUGUUAUUAAUAUGAGCAAUAAUCAAUAUUUCGCAAUUUUCUCUGUGCGCAAGCGAGAAAAAUGAGCACUUGAGAAAUGAGCAGGAAAAAUAUCCAUUUUUUUGUUGUUUUCUUCUUGGGUGAUCUUUUGGGGAAGAGAGAAAAACAACUGCGAGGAAAAGUGGAUUGAUCCGGUUCAAAGAAUUUUUCUGAGGAUUUGGGGGUAGCGCCUGGAGGAGGCUGUGAAGUUAGGCUAAAUUGUGGGCAGGGAAGUUUUGAAAUUCAAAUUUUUGCGGCAAGAAUCCGAAAUUUUGAAUUUCAAAUUUUUGAGAAAAUAAUUCAAAAUUUUCAAAUGUCAAAUUUUCGCGCACCAAAAUCCACGUGGAAAAAUUGUUGGUGAAUUUUUUGGAGAAAAAAUUAUUAGAAAUUUCGAAUUCCAAAUUUUGGGUGCCAAAAAUCCACGUGGCAAAAAAUUGUUGGUGAAUUUUUUGGAGAAAAAAUUCAACAUUUUUGAUUUUUGCGCGAGAAUUUGAAUUUUCAAAAUUUUCCAACGUGGAUUUUGGCUCGAAAAAUUCAAAUUCAAAAUUUUUCCCCAAAACCAAAUUUUUUUUUGCAGAAAUUCCCGUCUGGCUGCAGUUUUUGCCGCUUUAUUCAUUCUGACACUUUUGAUAUCAAUUUCAUUCAUUACAAUUGUUGCCAUUUUAUCCGAUGGUUUUAGCACACUUGUUUCAGGUGAGCUUCCGCAAGCUUCCGCGUACGCGGAAAAGUUAGGGGUUACUUCUAUCAAAAAUUUGCAGGUCCGGACACAUGCGGAAGCGAUGCGGACCUUCCGGACGCCUCCAAAUCCUACCCCUCUCUCCCCACAUCCAGUGAUUUCAAUCAAACCUGCCUCACUCCCGAAUGCAUCCGCCUCGCCGCAAACUACCUAAACAACAUGAAUCGCGACGCGGACCCCUGCGACGACUUCUACGCGUUCGCAUGCGGAAGCUACGCGGCAACACGCGUUGUCGCCGAACACGAGAAGAAGGUGACGGUGUUGAGUGAGAUGAAGAGAGAGCUGGAUCGACAUUUGCGCGAGAUUCUCGAAAAAUCGUCGCGCGACAAUGCGACUCGCGCAAUGAAACUCGCUCAAAUCUAUUUUGAUUCGUGUGUGGAUGAAAAAGCACAAGACGAGCUGGAACUUCAACCGCUAAUGAGUCUCAUCUCGAAUCUCGGAGGCUGGCCACUUCUAACCAAUGCCCGAUUCGACAGCGUCGAUUUUCAGUGGGAAGUUUUGGCGGGACAUUUGGCGAUGCACGGUGUCGACGGAAUUUUCCGCGUCUUUGUUCACUCGUCUUUUGAUGACAGUAAUAAACAUGUUCUCAUGUUUUCACCGCCCAAAUUAUUUUUGGAGAAGAAAAAGUUUUAUCUGGAUGCGCCGAGCACUAAUGUCUAUCUACAGUACUAUCGACAGUACAUUUUAUCAUUGCUCAGUUUAUUGGGUAGGUCUCUGCGUCUCUAACCCAUAUAGAUCUCUGGUUCUCUGCGUCUCUUACAUGCUUUUCUAGUGUAUAGCUUCUCUGUUUCUCUAACCUGGCUGAUUGUAUGUGUUCUCUGAGUCUAUAACCUUCAAAGCCUUUAUGUCCUCUGCGUCUCUAACAUCUAUUUCAUAGCUUCUCUCUGUCUCUAACCUACGCUAUAUCUCUAGCUUCUCUAGCCUCUCUACCCUUUCUAGCAUCUCUAGCCUCUCUAGCCUGUCUAGCUUUCGAGUUCUCUGCGUCUCUAACCAACGCUAUAAUUCUAGCUUCUCCAACACCUAGCACAUUUUCUCUGCUUCUCUAACCUCUCUCCUAUCUGUUAUCUCUGCGUCUCUCAUCUCUAGCCGCUCUGACUAUCUGUGUCCUCUGCGUCUCUAACAUUUCAACAUUUUGCAGGAGUCGACAUGGAAGACGAGACAGGAGUGAUCGAAUAUCAAGUCGAUGACAUUAUCGACUUCGAAAGACGAAUCGCAAAUGUAAGUGUCUCUACGUCUCUAACCCACCUAACUCUCGCUCUCUGCUUCCAGCUCACCCGCAUCGAAUUAUCCCGAAAUCACAGUGCAAUCAACAAUAUGAUGGCGUACGGAGAAUUCAAGAAAAAAUACGACAAAAUCAAUUUCGACGGUUAUUUCAAUGAGGAAAUGCGAACAUCAUUGGGACGAAUGCCGGAUUCUUUGGUGAUAAAUGUGGUUGAUGUGACAUAUUUCGAUAAUUUAUACGGAUUGAUCAAAUCGAAACCAUUGAGUUCAAUCAAUAAUUAUUUGAUGUGGGGAUUGGUUUCGAACUACGAUUUAUAUCUUCCCGCCAAAUUCCGCAAACCAAUGUACGAAUUUCGACAGAAAAUGUACGGUUUAUCAAGUGAUACACCACUUUGGGAGAAUUGUGUGGCUGAAGUGAGAGAUAAUCUGGCAAUGCCACUAUCUACCGAAUACGCUCAAAAGUUCUUUAGCAAACGGGACAAAUCGGUGGCGGAAGAGAUGAUUCGAGAUUUGAAGAAGGCGAUGGAACAUACGCUGAUGAAUGCGGAUUGGAUUGAUGAAUCGACGCGGGAAGCGGCGCUGACGAAAUUGGAUGCGAUGGGACAUAAGAUCGGAUUUCCGGAUUCGUUGUUGAAUGAGACGGCCGUGUUGUUGCCGUAUGCUGGAGUUCGGCUAACUGCUAAUCAGUAUUUUGAGAAUGCCGUUUCGUUGAAGAAGGCCGCUUAUAGGUGAGGGAUGCAGAGAAAUGAGAGAGCGCGAGAGCUAGAGAUUUUUUUCGGAAUACUGUAGAUCGGAAAAAAUGCCACGUGGCUUCGAGUUUUACUGUAGGUAGAUCAGAAAAACCAAUUUCGGAAUACUGUAGAUCGGAAAAAAAACGCCACGUAGCACAGAUUACUGUAGAAUGAGUAUGAGUUUAGGAGAGAGGUUAGAGAAGCGAGAGAGAGCUAUAGAGAAUAGAGACGCAGAGAAGCGAGAGGACAGAAAGAAUGCCACGUGGCACAGAUUAAUGUAGAUCAACUUCUGGCACUAAAAAAAUGCCACGUGGCUUCGAGUGUUACUGUAGGUAGAUCAAAAAACACACCUCGGCCAAGCCGUGGCUGGUCAGAGUACAAUUUUUGAAAAAAUCUGAAUUUCAAUUUUUAGAAGUCAAAAAUUAAAAAAUCACAAUUUUUAAAGGACAAAAACUGAAAAUUCACAAUUUUUGUACUGUAAAAAGUUAGCGUACAAUUUUUAUUUCGGAAACCACGAUUUUGGCCGAGGUGUGUCAAAAAACCAAUUUCGGAAUACUGUAGAUCGGCAAAAAGAAUUCCACGUGGCACAAAUUACUGUAGCAUGAGUAUUGAAGCCAAAAAUCCUACUCUAGGUCAAACACAUUAUGACGUGGCACAAAUUACUGUAGAUCAAUGUUUAUCGUUUAAAUUUUGAUAAAUCAAAUUUCUUACUGUAUUUUUUGGCGCCACAAAGUUCGCGUAUUCAAAAUUCUUACUGUAAUGAAAAAAAAAAUGUAAAUUCUUAUCACAAAAUCCACGUGGCAAAAGGAAUUCCUAGGAAAUCUCGUAAAGUUAGCCUAACUUUCAAUAUUUUUGCAGAGAUCUUCUGUCUAAACUACACCGUACUCCCUCAAUAAUCGAUUGGGCUUCUCCAGUGAUUGCCGUCGAUGCUUUUCACUAUUUCACGGGAAACGAGAUCAUCUUCCCGGCCGGAAUCCUUCAAUUCCCAAUGUUUGUUCCCGAUGCUCCCGCCUUCGCCAACUACGGUGCAAUCGGAAUGGGAAUCGGGCACGAAAUCACGCAUGGCUACGAUGAUUUGGGCGCCCAAUAUGAUGAAUCGGGAAAUCUGCGCGGUUGGUGGCACACGGAAACAAUGACGACGUUUCAGAAGAAGAAACAAUGUUUUGUGGCACAAUAUGGAAGUAAAGUGGAGCCGAUAACAGGGCGGAAAGUCGACGGAAAAAUGACAAUUGGUGAAAAUAUUGCGGAUAAUGGUGGAUUGAGAGUCGCUUAUCAGGCAUAUCAAUUGAAAAUUGAUCGGGAAAAAGAGCAGAGACGAUUGCCGGGAUUGAAUGAGUUCAGUGCCAAACAAUUAUUCUUUGUCGCGUAUGCUAAUGUGAGUUAGGGGAACUCGGUUGCUCUGCGUCUCUCACUAUCUCUAGGGAGACACAGAGAUGUUAGAGACGCAGAGAGCACUAUUACUCUAUGUCUCUCGUUCUGACAGUUAGAGAUCAUAAAACUAGAGAUCGUGAUAAGUUAGAGACGCAGGUAAGCUAUACACCAGAUAGCAUGAUAAGUCAGAGAGACAAUAGAGAUUUAGAGGGUUAGAGACGCAGAGAUAACAGAGGGGUAGAGAGGCUAGAGAACCAGUGUGAGCUAGAGAUAACUGUGUUCAAAGAGACGCAGAGUAGCUAAAGAACCAUAGUUGGUUAGAGAGGGUAGAGAGGUUAGAGAGGCUAGAGAGGCUAGAGAGGCUAGAGAGGCUAGAGAGGCUAGAGAGGCUAGAGAGGCUAGAGAGGCUAGAGAGGCUAGAGAGGCUAGAGAGGCUAGAGAGGCUAGACAGGCUAGACAGGCUAGAUAUGCUAGAGAGACUAGAGAAGCUAGAGAAGCUAGAGAUGCUAGAGAUGCUAGAGAGGCUAGAGAGGCUAGAGAGGCUAGAGAGGCUAGAUAUGCUAGAGAGACUAGAGAAGCUAGAGAUGACUGUGUUCAAAAAGACGCAGAGUAGCUACAGAGUCUGGGGUGGUUAGAGAGAGGCUAGAGACGCAGAGGAAAACUGCCCAGCUUCUCAAAAACCAUGUCAAAAGCCGGAAAAUUCCUCGGGUAACCUUGCAGGAACCCAGAAAUUCAAAAAAAAAUUCCCGAGCUCCCAAAAACCCUCCCAGACUUCCAAAAUUCAUUUAAAACUUCCCAGUCUCCCAAAAUCCCUCUCAGACCCCGAAAAUUCCCCGGACAACUUCCCGAGCCCUCAAAAACCCUCCCAUAGUUCCCAAAUCCCCGCCCAACCUCCCGAACCUCCCCCCAAAAAUCACCCACCUCUCUCCUUGCAGACCUGGUGCGAAGCUCUCAAACCCUCCGCCAUCGAUCACAUCAUGGACACCGAUGUUCACAGUUUGGGCUUGUUCCGCGUCAAUGUUCCACUUCAGAAUUUGCCGGCAUUUUCGAAGGAAUUCGAUUGUCCAAUUGGUUCACCAAUGAAUCCAUUCGAAAAAUGCCGAAUUUGGUGA